AUGGCAAAUAAAGUUACACCGGCUACAGGAAAGUCAACAUCUGACGGCUCAUCAUCGCCGAUGUUAGAUUUAAUGAAAACUUAUGUUAAGUCAAAAUUUUCUUAUAAUGCAAAACCAUUAACAAAUGCAAAAGUAACCAAUGUACAACAAGAACAUUAUGCAUAUCAAAUUGAUAUAUGGACAUUAAUGGAAUGUCGUACAAAGAAAAAGAUAAAUCAACCUUAUAAUAACGAAACAAUAGCGAAUGAAGGAAAUCGUAAUGAAUGGGAUUUUGAUUUUGAGCGACCAGCCAUAGAUGCAAAAACGAAGAAGACUGAGGUACGUAAUCUGGAUCAAACACGAUGGACAAAUAUUUGUUUAAAAUGCAGUGGCUUUAAUCGUUAUGCUUGUUCUUCUUGUAAAGGAGAUGGUGGUAAACCUUGUUAUCAUUGUAAAAUCAAAGCGUUAACUGAUAAUGGACUUGGUUCAAAGAAACCAUGUAAAUAUUGCAAUGAUUCAGGUGUUAUACAUUGUUUAAAAUGUAAGUCUACUGGUUUAGUCGAAUGUACAAGUUGUAAAGGCUGUGGAAAAAUUUUACAUUAUUAUCAAUUAUCAGUUAAAUGGUAUACAAUUCAUUCAGUUUCUUAUCUGACCAAUACCGAAUUGCCACCAAAAAUAAUCCAUAAAGCUCCCGAUAAAAAAAGCAUUUCUAUUACUGAUCAAAAAUGGUCUAAAACUGAUUCAAUUGAAAAAUAUUUUCAAACUGCAUUUGCCAGUCAACAGAAAAAUCCUCCAAUCAAACUUGAACAAUUAACUGAGGAUUUUAACAAAAAACACGUAACAAAAGCAAAAAAGAAUUGCCGAAUUGUUCAAAUGAAAUGCGAAAUUCAAAAACUAGAUGUAACUGAAGUCGAAUAUGAAUCUGAAGGAUUCAAGAAUAAACAUGAUCCUAAGAUGGGUGAUAAAUUUAAAUUCUACUACUAUGGAAAGGGAAAGAAAGAUCAACCGAUGAUUUAUGAAAAUGAUUAUCCAAUGAAUGCUUGUGGUUGUUGCGGUGUUGGAUGUGCACAUCAUUCAAAACUUUGUACAAUAUCAUAG